CCGAGUGUCCGUUUUCGUGUUCUGGUGCUGAAAAAAGUGCAGGAAUUAGUUGAAAUUUGCCUGGUUUUUUACAUAAUGACACGCUGAUAGGGUGGCACACAAACCGGAUACCAGCAGUGAGCACCAUGUACCACCUAAAGGCGCCGUCGCUGCACUCCCUCAUCGAUUCGGAGCACGGUUCUUCGAACGACAGCCUGCUGGCUGAAUCACUGCAGCUCGAUAUUGAAGAGCUUGACGAUGAAGAAUAUUCCCUCCCGGCUGUGGACCAGCUGCCAACGUUGGAAAGUGUUCUCAGUGAGAUCGAUAGUGAUUUGGACAGCGCCUCGGCGCUGGGUAGGUGUGCUGUGGAUGGGGGAUCGACGAUAUCCGGGGCAACCGCAAGUGAUCGGGCCGUCGGCGAGCUCGGGUCGACACCGACUCCGUCGCUGAGCGAUGAUUAUAUGCGACUGGAAUCGAUUCUACGGCAUGUAGUUCUGCAGGGUGUAACUGCUCAGGUUACGUCAGCCGUGGAUCGGGUGGAUGCUGGGUUAGCCACAUCCUGCUGUGUCUCACAGAUGAUUGCUGUUGGAACGUCCCAUGGACAUAUAUUGGCGUUUGAUUGCACGCAAACAUUGAAGUGGUGCUGUCAGGAUGGUAUUGCACAUGGUGCUGUUUCGGCGCUUGGUUUCAACGAGGACAAUUCGAGAUUGCUGGCUGGCUUUGCCAGAGGAAGCAUUCUGAUGAUUGAUACGUUUAGCGGUGAUGUGAUUAGGACUUUGAACGACGUUAUCACCCCGAACACGGGUGUGUUGCACCUGCGGUGGACCAAUCGGCCGGCGCUGGCAUUGUGUUCGGAUUCCGGUGGUUCGGUGUGGAGUUUGAGCUUUACCAGACGGCUGGGAAUCCGGGGCUGUGAUUCGCGUUGUCUGUUUAGUGGAGCCCGGGGAGAAGUUUGUACCGUUGAGCCGCUGUUGCUCGGGGAUGAGGAGCAUCCGCUGAAGAACUACACCCUGGUUGCGCUGGCUACUUUGAGCAAGUUUUUCGUUGUAAUGAUUCGUCCCAGAUUGAAGGUCGUUAAAUUCCAUCCAAUGGCUGGGUAUCCGGAUUGUUUACCGCUGCUGGCCUGGCAGAUGGUUCUGAUUCAAGCGGCCGAUUCGUCACGAACUAUCGAUCCGGUUUUGGCUGCCGCCCGUGGAACGGAUCUUUACUUCCAUCAGAUAAGUUAUUCCAGUGGAAGGAUUUCACUCAUUUUCCUGAGACAUAUUCAACUUAGUUACCGGCUGCUUGCUCUCCACUGGUUGGGACCGAAGAGCAUUGCCUGUUUGGACACGGCGGAAGUGCUGCAUUUAUUGGACGUGCGAACUAAUAAGGAGCUGGAGUCGAUUGAUCUUUCCAACGUGGGUUUGAUGUACAAUUCGGCACAGUUUAAGGGGCUGGCUACGGGUGGUAACGUUAGUCCAGCGCUUGCGCUGGCAGGGGGCUCGGCUUGCUACAACACGGUAGUCUCGCACGGUAGCCAGCUGUAUUUGCUGGCGGGCAAAAGCCUGCACGGUGUCAGUGCCCGAGCUUGGAGCGAUCGGAUAUCCUAUCUGACAUCGAUGCAGCGUUGGGAUGAAGCCAUUGAGCUGGCAAUAGACGGAUAUCGAGCGGCUAGGGGCCGCCAUCGGCGGCUUGCCGUCGCUAAGGAGCGUAUUCUACGUAUGUUUGACGAGUAUUUAGCGGCUACGCGAAAAACGCCGGAAGUUUGCCUGGAAGCAAUGAUGGCAUGCUUGAUCGAGAUCAAUGAAAGAAAUCUUCUAUGGCAAGAACUGUACGAUCGUUUGCCAACAGCGGAUCAUUACCUAUCGAUUGUAGCACGCCACAUUGAAAAUGACGAACUGGAUUCCAUUGCUCCAUCGGUCGCACAGGUUCUGUGCGAAACUUUCUGGCGCAAACGUUGGAUUACCCGAUUGGAGGGCUUAAUACUGAAGCUGGAUUGGCAGUGUUUGGAUCUGCAUCAGGUACUGACGAUCUGCAGGAAGGAAAAACUCUACCGAGCACAGAUGUAUCUCAAUACGAAAGCUUUGGGAGAUUAUACGGUUUCACUGACGGACUUGAUUCCACUGGUGCGGAGCGACAGCGGAGAAUGUGACGCGCAUCAUCUCGGAAAUUGUCUGCUGGUGUACAUAUCCAGUUGCCUCGCCGGACGGGGUUAUCCCACCGGGGAUAUUGCCCCGGAAAUGAUUGCUACAGUCAAGCAUGAGGUGCUGCGAUGCUUGACUGUGAUCCACUCCAAAAAUGCCCCCGAAACGGAGCUACCCUAUCCGUAUUUGCGAACACUGCUCGAUUUUGACACGAGAGAAACGUUAAACGUGAUAUCGCUGGCGUUUCAGGAGAAGGAAUUCAAUGGUGAACUUGGGCUGUCACAGCGUCAGCGGAUUAUUAACAUUUUGAUUGAAAUACUGACGCCGGAGCAUGCCAGCUGGUCGCAAAUCGGGUGUCUGUUGAAUUUUAUCGCUCAGCAGAUUGCCACGCGACAGUUGCCGGAAAACGAUCUGCUGCUCGAGCGAGUGGUUAGCUAUUUGACGCGGCAGUGCCAGGAACGAGACGGUACGGUGAUGUCUAGACGGGAACAUUCCGAGCAGGAGCAAACCUGGCUCGAGCUGCUGCGCUCCAACUGCCUUAGUCACAUUUCGAACGAGGAACUGUUGCAGAUUUCGCGCCAGAGUAGGUGCUAUCGUGUGACGGAGCACAUUCUCGAUCAGCUGCAACGGUACGAGGAGAUUUUCGACUGUUAUCUGUUGGACGAAUUCCGACACACGGAGCUGUUCGGUUAUAUCGCUCAGUACUGCGAGGACGAACGGAGGCAAGUUUUGCCUCUGUUGAUCCAAAAUUUUGAACGUCUAUUGGUCAUAAGCGCCGAGCACACGACCAGGGUCGUCACAGAUCUGUUUAUGAAGCAUCUUAAUCAGCUUCUUCAGCUGCUGGAGCAUUCUCCGGAGAGGCUGUUCAUAUUCCUGCGACAGCUGCUGCGGCAGGGGGUUCAGUUGGAGACGCGUGAUUGCGAACGCUACCUGCAGCUGCUCUGUCAGUACCAACCGGAGCAGGUGAUCGAGUUUUUGAAAUCGAACGAUUCCUACCGGCUGGAUUUCGCUGUCGACACCAUCAAAAGCAACGGCAUGAGUAGCGCGCUGAUCUACCUGUACGAAAAGCAAGGCGACUAUCAGUCGGCUUUCAGCAGUGCCGUGGAAGCUCUGAAGGAUGCACCGGAAAGUACUGCGGAAAUGUGCGCUCUGCAGGUUUGCGGCCUUUGCAGCCGCGCAUCUUCCCUACUGUCGGAGGCGGAACGUGAAGAGCUGUGGUUUUCGCUGCUAAAAAUCAUCCUUUCACGUAGCGAUCUCACGCAGAUAACGAAGAACAUUCUCACCUCAGCGAGCGAAUUUGUCGAUCUGGCCAAGCUGGUCCAGCUGGUACUGACUUCCGGUACCAAAACGGGCAACUUCGGUGACAUCAAGCACGUGCUCAUCGGGAUGCUAUCGAAUUCGGCCUACGAAACCGUCCUACUGGAAACUACGUCCCGUAUUCUGGGGAAAGAUUUGCACACCGUACUGGCCCGGGACAGACGCGUCGCUCGGAAGGGCCUCUGCGUGAAAUCGGUCAAGUGUACCAUCUGUCGGUUGAAACUGUACAGUUCGGCUAAGGAUUCGGUGCUGGUCUUCGGCAACUGUGGGCACGCUUUGCACCGAGAAUGUGCCAGUCGUUUUUGUACCGUUUCAGUGGAUUCACCCUCGUCGAUGGACGUUCAGAACAAUACGACAGAGAUCAAGCUGCGGUGCCCCCGCUGCGAUCAAGUAAUAACCGAAAAGGAACCGGUCAAAACCGUCGAAUGUCGUGUUGAUUUUGGAACGGCAGAACAGCGACGCGCCACGCGCACCGAAGAUCCGGAAGUUUUGAAAGUCAGUGCACCUCCCCGGAUCGGGCUGUGAAAGUGUGGUUAUUCGUCUACUUUUCUCAUGAGCUUUCGACUGCGUCUACCUACUCUCGUUUCGUCGGUUUUGCACGUUAGCAUGAUCGCAAAACCGACCGCCAUCUCUAGUUCCGUACGUGUGCACGGUAAGUUCUUUCCGUUUGAAUGCUUUUGCAACGAAGGUCUUGUAAAUCAUUCGAAACAUGUUUUUACAAAAGUGUAGCAUUUCUUUCUAUUAGUCUACUAAAAUUAUUUAUCAAAUUUGCACUAUUAUCAAAAGCAAACCAUUAAAAAAAAUGUAGCAAUUAUUAUAAUAGGCAUAACAAUUCCAAAUACUACAUAACAGUUAUCUAUGUAUAUUCGUCGAGAAGUCUAGGGUAAGCAUUAGACAACCUGUCGGUCCGUAAGGAAGCCGCGAUCACGAU